AAUUUUUUAUAGUUAAAUAUAGGAGAGAGAUUAGGAAAUGUCAUAGGUGAUUUCAAGUGGCAUGCAUUUAAUUGAAUAUUCAAUUCUGUAUCUCGGAACAUCCAAUUUACGACAUUCCUCUUGUGUGAAAAUGAAAAAGAUGAUUUCAAGUGACUAAAAUCGAUUUGUUAAUUUGUUUAUCGAAUUUCCUUACCAGAUCCAGUUGAAGAUCGAAGGAGGUCAUAUGAGCUUGGACCAUUGAACUGAAAGAGUAAUCUCCAGCGCAUCUUACUGCCACUUGAUCCACAGAAUUGUUUUCCGCACCAGUUGUCACGAAGCUGCGUUCGGUUUCGGAACAUGUUUGUGAUGCACAGUUAAGUGCAAGCUCUACGAUGCUCAAUUCAGGAAUUCCAGUGUUUUGUUGCUUUCCUUCAUUUUUUGAAUAUCUCUUUGAUGGAUUGGUAGUGAUCGUGUUUACAUUUGAAUUUAUAUAGCUUUGUUGCAUCAGACACAGGGCCUAUUCCAGCCAUUUCUUAUGCUUUCCAGGUUCUGGAUUUAGGAGCUCCAAGCUUGAAUUGUUUUGAAAUAGGAGUGACAGAUUCGUUUUCUGUGUUUUGAGUUGGAAGAGAUGAGUGGACAUCUAGCACAGGAGAAAUAUAAAGUUAAAGCUUCUUCCAGUAAAGGUGUGGAGGAUAUCCGAUGCAGCUCAAUUUUUGGACAGUUUUCAGAAAAAGAAAUGAUAAGUCAGUUAAAAGGGCUUGCUCGUGAUCCUUCUAUGCCACAGCUUGCACUUGAUAAUAUCCAGCCUUUGUGGAGUCAGAUUCUUGGUCUCAGAAAAUUAAUGGCUCUCGAAGCUUCUGAGAUGCCUUGGAGAAAGCGGAAACUUGAGCAGCUUGUCAAAGAUACCCUGAGAGCUCCAGGUGGCUUUGUUUCACCACACCAACAGAACAUGACAAAACGCAGAAGACGGCAGUUAUCCCAAGCUUCAUCAUCAUUAUCAUGCUUGCUCAAUUCAAUUGACUCUGCCCAAAGUCAUGAUGAAAAAUUCAUCUUUGAGUCUCUAGUGACCUUCGAUGAAGCUUUUCCAGAGAAACAGGUAACCACUGAAUGUUCAUUUGCUGAUGAUGUGGUAGAUUUGAAUUGCACCUCCAAAGAUGUAUCUCGGGUAGUAGGUUCUGAUGAAUCUGUAAAUGUUUCAAACCCUUCCAGUAUAGAGGACUCAACUCGUAAUGUAGCACACAAUUUAGCUAUUAGUAACGUAGUUCGCAACUUGAAUUUACCAACAUUGAGUGGCACACAGAGAAAACACCUUGAGCCUUCUCAUCGGUCAAUCAGAUUGCUGAAUUUCAUCGGAGAUCAUCUUCAAAGGAAGGUUAUUCCAGUUGGACCUCGUUUUCAGACUGACGUCCCUAAGUGGGAUGACACGGUGGACCUGGGCAUUCGUAUAAGCUCAUACAAGAGUGAUUCUGAUAAUUUGAAGUGGUUGGGUUCCCAAGUUUGGCCAAUUGUAACUAGAAAUAUGAAAUCCACUAGAAGAGAAAUUGGGAAAGGGAAAAACAAUUCUUGUUCCUGUGCAUCCCGGGCAUCUGCUGAUUGCAUUAAACGCCAUGUACGUGAGGAAAGGCUACUUCUUCAACACGAUCUGGGCCCUGCCUUUUCUAGUUGGAAGUUUGAUGAAAUGGGUGAGCAGGUCUCAGAGUCAUGGUCUCUCAAGGAGCAACGAGCUUACAAGUCACUAAUGAAAAUGAGGCCAUCAGCUAAUGGGAAAAGCUUUUGGAAGCUUACCUUGAAGCGUUUACCCAGAAAGUCUAAGAAAGACAUUGUGAACUAUUAUUUCAAUGUUUACAUUCCUCACCGCAUGAGCCUACACAGGUCGUCACCAACCAUAAAGCAAGUCGACACUGAUGAUGAGGAUGAGGAUGAGGCUGAUAAUUCUGAUCACAAGGGUUUGCAGAAAGGAGCCGAAGAGAGAAGUCCUACAAUCCCCAACAAGAAGGCUAGAUAUUUACGUACUAGUUAAGUUGUCCUUCCUAAGUCCAUUGAUUGAGUCCCAUUAAAAGGUUCGUUUCUUGACCAAUUUUUUUGUCCGAUCAGCUUACCGUAUAUACCAACGAAAAUCUUGACUUUGGAUCUCAAUUCAUUAAUCACUUAACUUUUGGUCACACCCUUAGUGUAUGCAUUCAAGCAGAAAUGCAUCAUGCCAAGUAUUCUGGUUGUGAGCUUUGAAAGUGGUGAUGGGAGUCUUCUUGUUUAUGUUUUCACAAUUAUGAAAUUAUCAUGCUGUAGUGAAUAUGAACUCAGACUAAACUUGAGCUGAGUGGAUGGAAAAGCUUUGCUUAAUUUGCAGCUUUACCGCAUAUCAACUGUUGAAUGUCUCAAAAUGAAAUCUUUAAAUCCUUGUUUGUAUCA